CAACUGCCACGUCUCUCGAGUUAGCAGUGAGCCAAAUCCAUAGCAACCACACAACACAAUGACGCAAUGUACGCCAUUAAACCCCUCAUUCACCUCCACAACCACCUCAGCAGCCCAGACAUGGCCAUGGCUUUAUCUUCUCCGACCACCUCUGUUUCUGCCGCCAUCUUUUCCGGCGACUCACCGCCUCCCCUGAAGAUCCAUCACCUCCUCACUGCCGCUGGCGCCAGUUUUCCCUUCUCCAAAAAAUUGACGAGCUCCUUCGCCGCUGCCCUGAUCCAGACCGGCCGAGAUAAUAACAACAGUAAGUGGAGAACCAAUGUGUCUUUCCUCCCCGCAUUCUUCAAAUCUCCUGGGAAAGACCUCAAUGCUCUCAAGGACGAGCUUCUUCAGGCUAUUGCUCCCCUCGACCGCGGCGCCGAGGCUACUCCUGAUGACCAGAAAUUCGUCGAUCAGAUUGCUCGGAAGCUGGAAUCAGCCAAUCCCACUAAGGAUCCAUUGAAAUCGAACCUGCUGAAUGGGAAAUGGGAGCUCAUAUACACUACUUCACAGUCAAACCUGCAAACUCAGAGACCAAAGUUGCUGAGGUCCAGAGCUAACUACCAAGCUAUCAAUACAGAUACGUUACGAGCCCAAAACAUGGAAUCUGCCCCUUUCUUCAACCAAGUAUGUGCCUUUCUCACUAAUCUGCUGCUGCUGCUGCUCUCAUUUUGACCACAAUGCUGUGUAUAGCUUUGUGAUUGUGUUCCUGAGUGGAUGAAUGCAAAUUAGUCAAAUGCAAUGUCGUUGUGGGAUCACGUAUAAGCUUUGUGCUUUAAGUCUAUUAGUGAAAUGCACCUAUCCACAUUUCAUCUCAUGUAAGAAAAGGGGCAAUUCUUUUCUCUAUUGGAAAGAUCAGUUCCGGUACUCGACCUCCAUCCACGUGUAAAAGGUUGAGUCGAUGCAGGAGUCUACUGAUAAAUAUCCUAGAUUACUCUCUGUUGUGUAGGGCUUAAGAUCAUCAGGGAUAAGUCGAUAACCUUAUUCAGACACAUUGGCUUGGCCAUAUUUAUUACUUAUGGUUCCAAAUUAGGAAGUAGGGUUUGUUUACCUUCAUAUGCACACUAACAUUUUAAUGGAAUGUCAUGUGAUUGAUUGAUAAAUUUCAUGUCUUGUGUAGGUUACAGCAGACUUAACACCUCUGAACACAAGAAAAGUAGCUGUGAAGUUCGAUUAUUUCAAAAUAUUGGGUUUGAUACCAGUUAAGGCACCGGAUACUGCUGUUGGGGAGCUGGAAAUCACCUACUUGGAUGAAGAGUUGAGAAUAUCCAGAGGUGACAAGGGGAACUUGUUCAUCUUGAAAAUGCUGGAUCCGUCGUACCGUGUCCCUGCUACCGGAUGAUGAUGCGUAUCAAUCCCCAUUUUUCAAGAGCCGGAUUCCGAACUACUGCGCAUCCUCCUCUGCUGCUGCAAUUAUUUUUUUAUUCAGGGGUAUACAAAAACAGCAUGUGAGCACACAGAAUAGAUGUAAUCAUCAGAACACCAUGCUCCAAUAGUGUAAUAUAUAGUUACAGGUAUUCAAUGAAACUAUAAAUUUUGAGCCUUUAUAGAUCUAAAAGUUUUGCUACCAUCUUAUGAAUGUCUGUAAAGAAUAAGAUAUCUUUCAUGAGAAGAAAUGAGUUAUCAUCCUCUUGGUUA